UAUUCUAAAAUUUUUGGACCCAUGCUUACUCUCAAUCACAGUAACUCAACUUUUCAAGCCUUUUUAAUAUAUAAUCCAGUUUCCAAUCUGAUAUAUCCCUAGCAGCAAAGGAAAUCCAGAAGAUCCCUGAACUUGAACUUGGAUUAUGGCAGAAGCUGUGGGGCAGAAGAAAGUGAUAAUUCCAAACAAGCAUGGCAAUAAAUUAGUGGGGAUAUUGCAUGAUUCUGGAACCCCUGAGAUUGUUAUCCUAUGCCAUGGUCUUCAAGCUUCCAAGGAUCAUGCUAUCAUGGUGAACCUUGCUGCUGCACUACAGAAUGCUGGAAUCAGUGCUUUCCGAUUUGAUUUUACCGGAAACGGGUAUAUGAAUUCUUUGCUCUCUUUUUUGUUUGUGCAUCUUUACACCAAACUAGUAAAGUAUACUGUUCUUUCACUUUCACUAUUACAUUUUGAUUUUUUUCCUUAUAGGGAAAGUGAAGGAUCCUUUGAUUUUGCUAACUAUUUAGGGGAAAUUGAAGAUAUACAUUCUGUAAUCCAACAUUUUCACAAAGAAAACCGUACGGUUAGCGCGAUUAUUGGACACAGCAAAGGAGCUAAUGAAGUGCUUCUUUAUGCUUCGAAGUAUCAUGACAUCAAAACAGUUGUCAACCUCUCAGGGCGAUACGCUAUGAAUGGAGGCCUCGAAGAACGUUUUGGAAAAGACUUCAUGGAAAAAAUCAGUAAGGAAGGUUUUAUCGAGUUGAAGUCGAAGUCAGGAACUGUUGAUUUUCGUUUGACUGAGGAAAGUUUGAAGGAGCGGUUAAACAUAAAUAUGCAUGAACAGUGCCAGAAAAUUGACAAAGACUGUAGGGUAUUAACAGUUCAUGGUUCUGCGGACGAAAUAAUCCCUGUUGGAGAUGCAUUUGAGUUUGCCAAGAUCCUACCUAAUCACAAGUUACAUAUCAUAGAAGGUGCAAAUCAUGUAUACACUGAUAAUCAAGCUGAGUUAGCCUCAGUUGUGGUGAACUUCAUAAAGGAAAACAAGAGUGCUGCUAGUUAGGUCUCUGAUCAAACUUGCCCAUGAUAUAAUAUUGCCAUGUAUACUUGGGAAUCCUACUUCCUAGCCGAAUAAAAGAGGGGAAGCCAAAAAGAGAUUAAAGAGAAUAUGAAAGCAAGAUUGGUAUCUGUCAAGUUUAUUUGCCUUUAAUGUAUCAACUAUCAAGUCAAUGUACAAGUAUGUUAAGAGACUCCUAGUACUAUGCCAUGUAGACAUUUAUCAUAUGAUAUUAAAUAAGGUUGCGGCAUCCUAGUGUCCUGUUUGAUUUGGAACACAAGCUGUGUUUAGUUCA